AUGGGACACCACACUGCAACGCCACGCCAUGUACUGCGGAGAGGAGCCUCCGGGCGGGAGAAGUCCAAGGAGCCACCGAAGCCUGGCACUUUGACUUUCCAGGAUGCUCUCCGAGAAGCGCUGGAAGGGUCAGCCUUCGUCCUUCGAAUGGCAGGCAAGCUUCUGUGGGCGCUGCGAGUUUCGGCAAGGUGCUUCUAUCUGCUGGUGCGGCUUCUGCUCUACAUCUUCCUGCUGUUGCCAGUGUUCGUCAGGGCGACAGCCUACUGCUGGCUGCAUCCAAGCGUGUCCAAUUUUGUACGUUAUGGAGCGAAACGACGAAAUUUAAUGGAUGUCUACAUGCUCAGGCAGGAGUUUCGUGACGCUGGGUCACAACCUGUGGUUGUGUUUUUUACGGGCGGAGUGUGGAUCAUUGGCUACAAGAUGUGGGGAAUGCUUAUGGGUAUGGUCCUUCAGCGUCUUGGCAUUCUCCUUCUGGUUCCCGACUACAGGAACUUCCCGCAGGCCACUGGUGAGGAGAUGGUGGAGGAUACAUUGCUAGCUGUGCAGUGGUCGCUGGACCACUGUGAGGAAUAUGGUGGAGAUCCGUCCAGGCUCUUCCUCGUGGGACAAUCGGCUGGCGCCCACUUGCUUUCAAUGGCUCUACUGAAGAGGGCAAGCGAGGCCAAAGCAUUGGCCAGCUCACCCAGCAUCCGCUGGCAGCCGAAGGACAUAGCAGCCUUUGUUGGGAUCUCUGGGCCCUUCGACCUCGUGGAUUUGAGCGAUCACUUUCACAGUCGGGGAUUGGAUCGCCGUCUCUUGUCAUCCAUCUUCGAGGGGCGGCUGGAAGAUUUUUCCCCAACGCGAUUGGUCACAGCUGAUCGGGCACGUAUGCUGCCUCCUGUGCUGCUUGUCCAUGGCACUGCGGACACCAGCGUUCCAUCUCGAAGUGCCAUCGACUUCACCACGGCCCUUCAGGCAGCUGGAGCGGACGCUGACGUGAAGCUCUACCCAGGCAAGAGCCACACCGAUCCCAUCCUUGAAGACCCCAUCGCUGGCAAUGAUCCACUCAUUGAGGAGUUGGCCUUCUUGGUGAAAAGCCAUGACCCCAGACGAGCGGUUGCGCUCAUCUGCGAUUCUGCGGCGGACAAGGAUGUGGUGCAUGACAAAGACUGUUCGGUAGGGCAUCGAAUGAUGCCGUUGCCUGUGAUUCGGUUGGCUCGGAUGGUCAACCCCUUUUGA